AAGAACACGGGUCUCCCUGAUGCAGUAUACCACUCCGCCGAGGAACUGGCUCACCCUCCUGCUUCUGCCGUCAGCAUACCAGGUCGGCAGCGUUACUCGACCACCAAGCUAGCUAAUGUCUUGUGGACGUACGCGUUGAACAGCCGACUCGUGCGGCGCGUGCCAGAACGUGCCAUCACGGUCAACGCCUUUGAUCCGGGUCUGAUGCCUGGGACGGGCCUCGCUCGUGUGGCCGUCUGGUACGAGCGGAUCCUGUGGUUCUACGUUCUUCCCCACAUCAUGCCGCUGCUGAGAGUGGUCAUCCCAAAUGUCCACACGGCGGAGGAAUCGGGCCAAGCGCUUGCUCGAUUGGCCGUGGGGAAAGACGUCGAGGGUGUUAGUGAGAGGUACUUUGAAGGCUUGAGAGAAAUCAAGUCGAGUAAGGAUAGCUACGACGAGAGCAAGCAGGAAGACUUGUGGGCAUGGACUGUUGACUAUUUGUCAAGCGGGAGUGGCUCCGAGAAAGCGCAUUUUGAGUCGUUUGCUUAG